AUGUCUGCGACCACGUGUAUUAUAUCACUCCUGUUAUUAAAUUGUCUGUAUGCACAUGUUCGAACAAAUGAUGCAAACGUUACCGAAACCAGUGUACAAUUGUAUGAGAAGGGUGUCGAAGCUUACUUGGAGAAUAGAUGGGAGGAUUGUGUGGAUUUAUUCGAAAAAGCGCUCAGCAAAUACGGCAAAUACAGGAAAAAGGUCCAAAGAUGUAGACUGCUGUGUAAAAACGAAGCGGAAUUAUCAGAGCCUUUGUAUCCUGUGAAUAUAGAUAAUUUAUUAUUUUUCGAAAGAGCUAUCAGGCAAACUUUGUGUAUAAUUGAUUGCGAGAACGAUGAUCCUGAAAUUUUGGAUAAUUACAUUAAUUUGGAAACCGGUAAUUUGUUCGAAGAACAGCGGCCUUACGAGUAUUUACAUAUCUGCUAUUUUCAGACAAAAGAUAUUGUAAAAGCUGCGUCAUCUGCCUUUACAUACCUUGUUGCACAUCCUGAUAAUAAAAUCAUGGCCAAUAACUUGCAGCACUACUUGGAUCAAAAUGUGGAUAAAAAAGACAUAGUAAAUUACGAAGCCAAAGACUACGUUUAUCUGUACGUACACGGAUCCGAGGCGUACGAAUACAAAGACUGGGACUCAGUAAUAUCUAACAUGGAAGAAAGUUUGACUGAAUAUUUGCAAGCAGAAGAUGAAUGCAGGGCUCAAUGCGAAGGACCUUUCGAUCACGGAUGGUAUCCUGACUUUAUACCAUCGAUUUCAAAUCAUUUUACAGUUUGCUUGAAAUGCAAACAGAAAUGCAGGAAAAAGCUGAGCUCUCUCAAUGGCGAAAUCCACGAUGAUCUUCUACCUAGUCACUACCAUUACUUGCAGUAUGCUUAUUACAAAAUUGGUAAUUUGAAGGCAGCCUGUGCAGCAGUAGCCAGUUAUUUGACAUUUUAUCCAGACGAUGACACAAUGCUGGAUAAUAUGAAGUAUUAUUCCAAACUACCAAAAGUCCAGAACGACUAUUUUCGACCUAGAGAGGAAGCUAUAAGGUAUGUUCAAAGGCAAAUUUACGAGAGCAGACUUCUGAAAUUUGUGCAUAACGAAUUCGCCGUGCAAGGUGCUGGAACAGCUAAAACAGAGGAACUAAAAAGGAGGCUUCACGUUAUAAUGAGUGAAAAAGUACUGAAAGGUUCGAAAAGAAUGGUUUUAGACGGAUUAGCAACGUCCAAAGAGUGCAAAACACUCAUGGAAAUAGCGAAAUAUUUCGCUAUAUUGGGAGAUGGCUACGAUGGCAGAAAAUCUCCUCACACAAUUAUGGAGAAAUUCGAAGGAAUCACGUUGAGCAGAACGUUAUUUUUAACGUAUUUUAAAAUGCUACGGCCUAAGUAUUUGGAUGUGUUUUUGAGGAUAACAGACACUGCUAGGAAAUACAUUAAAAACUAUUUUAAAAUAAAGAAAAAUUUGUAUUUUUCGUUUACACAUCUUGUUUGUAGGACGGCUUUGCCAGGUAUGCUUUUAACAUUGUAAUUAACUGGCUGUUACGAAAAAUAUUUUUUAGGAUCAUCAAAAAAUCGGACGGAUUUCAGCCACAAAAUCCACGCAGAUAACUGCGUUAUAUUAAAAAACAGGACCUGCAUUAAGUCUUUUCCAGCCUUCACCUGGAGAGAUUACAGUGCUAUUUUAUAUUUGAACGACGAUUUCGAUGGUGGAGAGUUCGUAUUUUCAUCAGAUCCCGUUGGAUUAGAAAUACAAAGCAGCAUUAAACCAAGAUGUGGUCGACUCGUAGCAUUUUCUUCAGGACCCGAAAACCUCCAUGGCGUUACAGCCGUUAAAACUGGCUCAAGAUGUGCCAUAGGAAUCUGGUUCACACACGACGAAAAGUACGCAGACGAAGACAGGAAUUUAGCCCAACAUAUUUUGGAUAACAAGCUGGAUUUUUAUUUGGAUCCUUCCACUGAUAUCACUCAAAUCAACCGAGGUUCAAAAUGAAACGACCUAGAGACACAAGUUGCACUUAAUGCUUAAUAAGAAGCAUGGUUUUGUAGUUUGCUUGUUUCAAAUAGCUUCUCGUAAGUUAAAAAUCUGUUGUUUAUUUGUUGUUAUUGAAAUGACAAUUUUAUGUGUAACGCAGGUGGGUAUAUUUUGGAAAAACUUAUUUAAAUUAAUGCAAUAUGAACCAAAGAUGAAACGGUUUUUAUGUAACUACUUAUUUUAUUUUUUAAACAUUUGUAAGUAUUCUUUAUGUAUUCCGAAUAAUUCGAGUAACAUUCCAAGAUAUAUUAAAACAUUAUUUUUAUACUUGAGUCCUAUCAGAUUAAUCUUGGAUAAAACUUAAUUUUUGUGACAAUUAGACUCACUUAUUUGUUGCUUGUUCG